CCAAGAAGUUGAAAACCUCUAUUGUGAACGCAGUGCAGAGUCAUGUAGAGGGGGCUAAUUCUGAGGUAUGAGCUGUCUGCAAAAUCGCUGUCUUGAAAUACAUUUGUAUCUCAUUAUCUUAUGCUGAAGAAUCCAAUCUAAUGGAAGUAUUGUUUUUUUCAUUGUAUUAUAAUUUAGACUUUAAAUUUAAUGCCUUUAAAAAAAAUGUUUGUUUCAGUGUGCUUGGAUGUUUUUGGCUGAAAUAUCAAAAACACCUGUGAAAAUUGAUCAAGAAUUAGUUAUUAACCAUUGGAAAAAAAUUCCACCUAUUUCACGUGAGUUUUAUGUAGAUAAUCAGAAAACAGUUAACUUCUUUUAUAAAGUUAAUCAACAUGUUGAUGCAUAUUGGUAGUUUUUCGAUAUUGGUGGUCAUGAAUUACCUUCUGGUGCUGAAUGCUAGGAAGAAUCUAUAUGUCCUUUCUAACUACAGUAGAAUGUUUAUUAUCCUAAACUAAUUGGUAGAUAACCGAAUACUCCUACAGAAAGUUUGCCAUGAAGAAGUUAGUGCCUAGAAUACAGUAUAUUAUUAUUGUCUACAUCUAUGAUGUUUUAAUGUACAGUGUGUUAUUUACAGUAUUCAAUUAACAGUGUAUUACGUUCAGUAGAUUGAUGUAAAAAAAUAAUAAUAAAUUUGCUGACUGGAAUUUUUUCUGCAUUAAAGAAGUAUUUUACAAAAAUAUGUGGCAAGUGUUUAGAAAAAAUUCAAGGUGGUUUUGUCUUUGUUUGCAUUCUGAGAUAUAUUAAUUAACUAGUUUGGAGACUGCAUUAUCUUAGUCUGUUUAUGGCAUGCAGUGUCUAUGUGUCUAAAUUUUAAAUGGAUUUUUCGACAGGGUUCCUAAUUGUGUUUAUGCUCAUCAAAAAAAAAAAAAAAAAAUUUUAAUUUUUUUUAUCCUCCCAUAGUUAUAAACACUGAAAAUGCAUAUUAAACAUUUCUUAUGACUGAUUUAGUAAUUUUAUUUGGACACCUACAUUUGUUACUGUAUAGAAAGUAUAAAAAUUAAAAUAUAGUAAAGAUUAGCAAACAAUUUUUUUAUUUGUGGCACAUUACUCAGAAAAAAAGUGUUUUUUUCUGUUAUACAUUUUAAUAUCUAUGUAAUAAAAAGGGGUGGUUUAUACUCAAAAUAUCAAUUUAAAAAACAGAAUUUGUAGUAGAAUUUUAGCAAAUCAAUUGUUUUGAGUGAUAAAGUAAAAAUUAGCCAAUUGCUUAUCCUAAUGUGACUAUCACAGUAAAUGUAAACAAAGCAGUUUAUACCCUUUUCCAGAUGAUUCCCCCAGUGCCAAGUGGACCAACAUUCUUAGUGUGCUAGGGGCCACUGCAAAAUCAAUACCUCCUGGUGCCAUAUCUGAUAUUUUAGGUAAGCUGCUUGUUGAAGCUGCAUUAUGAUAUUUAAUAAUAUUAGCUGAUUAAAAAUCAUUUAAUCAAUACAAUGGUCUGCAUCAAAAUGUUAAAAAGCUUAAGUGCCAUACGUGUUUAGUGUAUCAUGAUCAAGUUACAUUUAAAAAAAAAAAAAAGAAUAACAGUCGACUAUUAAAGUACAAUUAAUCACUUAAAAUGUUAAAAAACUUAAGUGACAUAAGUGUUUAGUGUAUCAUGAUCAAGUUAAAAUUAAAAAAAAAAAAAAAAGAAUAACAGUCGACUAUUAAAGUACAAUUAAUCACUCCAUCAUUUUUUAAAUUUAUAUUUUUCUUAGAGGAUUUGAAACAAAAACUUCGGAAUUUCUCAUACCCACCUUCUUUUAUUUCUGGAAUGGUCA